AUGACAGAUGUAGUGAUGAGUCAGUCAGAACCGACGGCUGUUCCAUGCUCCACUAAAAAACUUGCUGUACCGUCAAUUGAGUGCAGCCUGCAUCCAUUGGUCAUAAUAAACCUUUCCGAACAUUGGACGCGAAUGCGGGCACAAAGUCGGGACAAGACUGCUCAAAAGGUGUACGGAGCUAUACUGGGUAAAGUCGAUGAAGGUCAUGUUGAAAUGGUCAAUUCGUUCGAGUUGCGAAUGUUCACAUUAGAUGGUCACGUAAGAUUUAACGAAGAAUUCUUACGCCAAAGGCUUAGCCAAUACAAAGAGGUUUUCCCUGAACUGGAAGCUGUCGGUUGGUAUUGCACUGGUCAAGAUGAACUAGAGCAAGAUGAGAUCCUGUUGCAAUCCCUGUUUGCAGUGGCGAUUGACUCUCCAUUGCUUGUGAAACUGAAUCCAACCAUAGAUUCUCAAGCGAAGCGGAAAGUCCCGGUGAAAGUGUAUUAUAGUCGGGAGACUCCACUUGUCUCAUCAGGACAUGAGCUUGUUGAAGUUGAUUGGACGCUGAUUUCUGAACAAAGCGAGCGGAUUGGGAUCGAUCACAUUGCUCGACUGUCACAGGCAGGCGACGAUGGAGCAGUCUCGAUAGAGGGCAAGCAAAUGAGAGCAGCAAGCUCUGCCGUAGGAAUGUUAUUGGAUAGAAUAGAAAUUAUUUGUAACUACCUCAAAGGAGUGGAAGAAGGCAGGUUUCCUCCAAAUGAGGAGAUUAUUAGAGAGGCAAAUAAGAUCUGUCAACGUCUCCCACUUUUGAAGCCGGCUGAUUUCGACGAAGGGUUCAAAGCACAAGAGAGAGAUGCACGUGCGGCAAUGUUGCUAGCCCGAAUGACUGAAAUAUGCGGCACUCUGAGUAGUCUCCAAACAAAGACGAACAUACUCGGUUCAAUCACUGCCUGGCGUAGUAUCGCUACCGUUCCGUCGCAACAGUUAAAAAAGAAGUCCCAACGAGCGACCGCCUCAGCCACUCCUGCUGCGCCGAUAGCUGCAGAUGUUGGAACAAACCAUGUGAUGAAUCAUUCCCCAGACGUCGAUUAA